AUGGCUACCGCAGACUGGAACCCGCUGGGGGAUGUUUAUUACAGGAAAUAUGAGCUCUAUGCCAUGGAAUGGACUGGUCUGGUGGACCUGGCUAAGCAUACUGUAGCUGCUUCUUCAUAUGGGGGACCUAUAGCCCUGAUGAAGGAUGAGAGCAAAACUGCCAGAGUGGCGACCACUGUGAAACCGGUCAUCAGUGUGUAUAAUGCUGCUGGAAAGCUGCUGGCUCAGAUGAGGUGGAACAGUGGCAACAUUGUGACACUGGGUUGGUCCAGCACUGAGGAGCUGCUCUGUAUUCAAGAAGAUGGUGUGGUUCUUGUGUACGACAUGUUUAUGACAUUCAAGCGCACUUUUGGCAUGGGACAGGAAGCCAAAGAUGUCAAGAUUUUGGAUGCUAAAGUAUUUCCCAGCUUCCAGGGCACAGGGAUUGCAGUGAUGACAACAGCAUACAGAGUGUUCCUGGUUAGCAACGUUGACAGUAUCAGAAUAGUCAGGCUAGCUGAAGUGCCAGGUCUAAAUGAAAGACCCAGUUGCUGGGCCAUUGUGACAGCAGACAGACAAGCACGAGCACUGGUUGCUAAAGGUUUAGAACUUCACCUGGUUGAUCAAGGAGGCCAGUAUCAGCAGCAGCAACCAGAGUUGAGUGAAAAUGCUGGACCUAUCAUAGAGAUGGCUGUGUCGUUCAACAGUAAAUAUCUGGCCUUGUGUACGCAGAAAGGGGUGCUGUGGAUUGGCUCUGCAGACUUACAGAAGAAAUAUUGUGAGUUCAAUACCAGUUGCACAAAACGACCACAGCAACUUGUGUGGUGUGGCAAUGGAGCAGUGGUGGGGCUCUGGGAUAAACUUGUUUUGGUGGUCGGGCCAGACAAGGACUGGAUUAGAUACAAUAUGGACUGUUCUGUGCACUUGCUACAAGAAGAGGAUGGACUUAGAAUUAUUGGAAAUGAAACACAUGAGUUUCUACAGAAAGUUCCAACGGUUACUGAACAGAUAUUCAAGAUUGGAUCUAUGGAACCUGGAGCUAUGUUGUUUGAAGCAAGUAAAGAGUUUCAGAAACGUAAUCAGAAAGCAGAUGAAUACAUUAGAAUGAUUAAGGACAAGUUGGAUGUGGGUGUCAAUCAGUGUAUACAAGCAGCAGGUUAUGAAGUAGAGCCAACAAAACAGAGGAUGUUAUUGAGGGCAGCAUCAUUUGGAAAGUGUUUUCUGACCGACUAUAGACCAGAAGCUUUUGUCAACAUGUGCCAGAUGUUGCGAGUGCUAAACCAAGUCCGCCAUCAUUCUGUGGGAAUCCCCCUGACCUACACACAACUAGAACGCCUGUCCAUGCCUGUGUUAAUUGAUCGUCUGGUUUUGCGGAAGUUAUUUGGUCUCUCUGUUAGGAUCUGUCAGUUUUUAAAAGUUCCAGAUGCUGAAGGAAGAAGCAGAAUCCUGGCUCACUGGGCAUGCUUUAAAGUUCAACAGAAGCAUGAGGAUGAAGAAAAACUUGCCAGAGCGAUAUCACAAAAGUUGGUGGAUGUGCCGGGAGUGUCCUUCUCUGAAAUAGCUAGCCAGGCUUUGGAGCAAGGUCGCAAACAGUUGGCUGUGCGGUUACUGGACUACGAAGUGCGGGCAUCAGAACAGGUUCCACUGUUGCUGAAGAUGGGACAAGACCAAGCUGCUCUCACCAAAGCUAUAGACAGUGGGGAUACUGAUCUUGUAUAUACAGUCUUACUUCAUCUGCGAGAUAAAAAGUCCAGUGCAGGAGAUUUCUUUAUGAUGAUCAGAACAAUGCCUAUAGCUUGCUCACUUUACAUUCAGUAUUGCAGACAACAAAACAUCAAGCUGGUUGAGGACCUGUACUAUCAAGAGGAUAACUCCCUGGAAGAGGGAUACUGCAAAGUGAUUCGCAGCUAUACUCUAGAUAAUUUUGAAGAGCGAGCCAAGUUGUUGGAAGAUGCCGUGAACUGUUUUCACAGAUGUAAGCAUGAGUACUGGAUCAUGCGAAUCUUUGCACUGGCUGAAGCUGGGGACUGGGCAGAACUGGACAAGUUUUCUAAAGUGAAGAAAGCCCCAGUUGGUAUGGAGGUAAGAGUUCCUCUGAAAUUAUUAUUUCGAGAAGCAGCAGAGGCAGCCAUAGAGAACAAAAGUGAGGAUGACUUUGACUACGUGGUCUCUCGACUCGGCCUGGCAGAAAGACAAGUAGCAGAUCAAGUAAGGGCCAUGAGAACACAGUUGGUGUCAAAGAAGUAA